GUCAUUCUUCUCACUUCAGCUCAUCGCUUGAAAUGCAUGUCGGUGGAGAUUCUCUGCAGUGUAUUUGCCUGGCUACAUUGGCGCAGGCUUUCACAUCAUCUCCUCACAUAUUUCCCGAUCUCUUAUGUUUGGAAACCGACCUCUAUCGACAUGAACACGCUCUUAUCGCCGACCAAGACCAAGAUGUCUGAUUACGCAGAAGUGAUCUUUGAUUGUCUUUUAGUCAAAUGAACCUAAUCGCGCUGGCCAAUGUAGCCGAUUAGUGCUCAGUUCUGUCCGCUCGGAGCGUUUUGUUUCUGGAUUGUUGUCUGCUUUAAAACAUUUCCCUUCGGAUUGUAGAAACAUCUUCACACAUCAGUCGGAUCAGAGAAGAGAUUCGACUUUUUUCAUCCGGGAGUGGGGGAUAAUAUGUCAAGACGAAAACAGACCAACCCUUUCAAAGUGAAUUGUAGGUAUCCCAGGGCCUUUUCACACGACUGGGUUGUCCGGCCCUCAGCACGCUUUUGAGAUGGACGCUAGAGAUGACUUCAUUGAAGACGGCGAAUGCCAUAGCAACAACUCACAGGAACCUGAAGAGCAAGACAGCACAAGUGAUGACUGUGAUAGUGAUUUUGAUAAGGAUGACUCCUCAAAUGCCUCUGCUGAUUACAGCAUGAUGAGUAAUAAGAGAGGCCAUGGCCUCGUACUACAGGAUGAAGUCAAGGAGGAGAGCGAAGAGGGGACAGACCAGGGAGGAAUUUUUGCUUGUCCGCUUUGUUCCCUGGAGUUCAGUAGCCCAGAUCAGCUCAUCGCACACGUCUACCAGCACACAGCUGUGGGUAGCAGUAAGAGUUAUAUCUGUCCUGUUUGUGGACGAGCUCUCAGUUCUCCAGGCUCUCUUGGCCGCCAUCUUCUCAUCCAUUCAGAGGACCGUCUGUCCAACUGUGCAGUGUGUGGGGCUCGCUUCACAGACACCAACAACUUCAACAGGGGAAAGUUGAAGGAAUUCCUUGACACAAGCAGUAUAGAGAUCAACAGUGAGGGUGAGGCCUGUGCCAUGUCCAACUCUCUACCCAGAAGCCCUAUGGCUAACCCCAGCACAAAUCCUGGUACUGUACUGACCUCAUUGCCAGAUGGACUUCUCCCAUCUGCACCUCCUCUUCCCUCACUGUCUGACAGCCUCAGUCCUUCCAGCACAGGCCUUCCACCUCUUCCAGACCUCAUGAACCCUAUGCCUGUGUACCCAGCUGGAGUUUUGCUGGUCUGCAACAGCUGCGUAGCCUACCAACAGCUUGUGGAUGCCCAGUCGCCGUCCAUGAGGAAAUGGGCAAUGCGUAGGAAGAGCGAGCCCAUAGAGAUGCGGAUGCAGCGGCUGGAACGCGAGCGAACGGCCAAGAAGACCAAGAGGGCAUGCGAGACCCCGGAGGAGCGGGAGGUGCGCCGCUUACGAGACCGCGAGGCAAAGCGGAUGCAAAGGAUGCAGGAGACCGAUGAACAGCGCUCACGUCGUCUACAGCGUGACCGGGAGGCCAUGCGACUCAAACGGGCCAACGAGACACCCGAGAAGAGGCAGGCACGGCUAAUCCGCGAGAGGGAGGCUAAGAGGCUAAAGCGGCGCUUGGAGAAGAUCGACCCAUCGCUGAGAACCCAGAUUGAGCAUGAUCCUGCUGCAAUGGCUGCGCUCACUGCUGACAUGAAUCUAUUCCAGUUUUCCUUCCCCAUGUCUGUCCCCUCCAUGGACAAUGGACUGUUUAUGAAGCUUCCCUAACAAGCACAGGUCCAAACAUCUCUCAAACCGGCAUUUGAGAAGAUCUUGGCAUUUUUAAAAGAAUAACUAGCUUGACUAGAACUGUGAUGAGAAUGUUAUGCUCUUGCAGUUUCAAGGAGGCGCUCACCCUGACAGCCAUUUGAAGUGAUGUAGGUACCAGAUGUCAUUCAUUUUCGACGAGAGAUUCGAUGCAACGCGAGUUCCAAAGCAACAAUGUUGAGCAUAGUUUCAACUUCAGCAACACGUGGCGACUACCACUGGGAGUGUAGACAGAGAUGCUCACAUGAUUCGCUGCCUAAAACCACUGGAUAUUGCAGUACAGAAGUGGUUCUACUGGACAGACGAGGGCAGGCAAUUGCACUGAACCCCCGAGGGUGGCGGGUUACGGUAAUCAAGAGCAAGAAGAAAUAAACCUCCUUAAAACCAGUGCUCAGCAAUGUUUAGGAGACUAUGAUGACAUUUUUGAGAACCCGCCUCAUCCCUUUAGCUAUGACUUCAGUGAAACUUUGAAAUAAGGCUGAGAUGAUGUUCCCAUCGGAAAAAUGGGGCCGAGGCACUGGAGUCCAUUACCAUCACCACCAGUCAAAUAGAACGCCCUCUAGCAGCCAACAGAAUGGCGACUUGCUGACAUCCUCGUACGAAAUUUAUUUGCCGUCAGUGUGACAACCCUUUGUGGAUUUAUGUAACAUAAAUUGAUUUACACAAUUAACUGAAGUUAUAUUAACAGAAGGGAAACAAGGCAAACAUGUUUCCCUGUCUGUAAGCAUGUAAGCAAGAUUUGUCUACUUACUUUUCAAGGCUCAGACUCUCAGCCAUCUUUCUUCAGAGCAGUGAGACCUUUCCACAAGGAGGUUCUCUGUUUGCACACAGACCUACAGUGACAGGAGUGAGACGUGUAGCCACACUCCACACUCAGCCUACGGUUCGAAUUUGCCCGUCUAAAAGGUUGGAGUUUACCUGCAACUAUGGCUCAUCUCCCAGGACCCUAGAUUGGGUCACUACUAGCUCAUAUUCACAGAACCAACUACCUCACCAUGGGCUCUUUGCAUGGCCUAGUCACACCUGUGGCCUUGACCGAGACCACAGGGGCCGUGCAGGACCACACACACUGACUCAACGUUCCUUAUUACAACACCUACUAAAGUCCAGGAGAGUCCAAACCUACUCCUGGAGGAGUUCAUCCACAACCCUAAAUUAAACACACCUGAACCACCUAAUCGCGGCAUUCAGCGUUACUUGAAACCUCAAGAGAGGCGUGUUGGAGCAGAUUAGAGAUGAUGGUGGCUCUCCUGGAGUAGGAUUGGACACCCCUACUAUUAUCAUUGUCCUACUUGUUUGCUGAAACCACAACACUUUAAAUGCUGUUUGAAUGCCACUCAUCCAAAUGGUGAAAUCUGUGGGCUUGUGGUCUCCUUGUCUUUCGUUAUACGGUUUUGUUUCCACGAGACCAUAUGGUGUCCCAUUUAUCAAGAUUUACAAGGAUGCCACCUUUGCCACCAAUAUUGCACCCUUUAGUUGAGUGCACCCGGACUAUUUGCGUGCACACUCCAAGGGGUGAGGGUGCCGUUUGGGAAAAACCUCUAUUGGAGAUGUUGUCCUUUUCAAAAGGAGGCGUCCAUCUCUGUGGAUGUACUGUUAAUUACUGAAGCACAUUCAGACACACUUCUCUGACCUCCCAAAGGCUUUAUACCUUAUCACAAUGCUACACGGGUUGUUUUUUUUUGCUAGGAACUCAGGGAUGGUGUGGAUCAUCGGCAUCCUCACAGCCUGAGAACAGAGGAGCAGGAGACCUCCUAUUCCUAAUUCUUCAUUAUCAUCAUAAAUGUCUCAGAUCAGAUACUACCUUAUACACACUUUUACUGGUCACAUUGGCCUUUUUUUCUCUUAUUCAGACCGCAAACUCCUCACCUGAGCCAAAAUGUCGAUAAGGAUUUUACAUAACUGCAUUACAUCUCAACUAACCAACCAACCAGUCUCUGCCCUCUGCUGCUGUCACUGUACUGUAUAAUGUGUAUUUUACCUCUUUAAAGUCAUGUCGUCCUGAAUUGGACCUGGGAAUGCUUGUUGUUAAUGGUGAGGCACUUAGUGUGUGCUCGAUCUUAAUGGCAACACAAGUAGUGUACAAAUUAAAAAAAAAAGUUGCCUUUGUCACUGGAAAGUUGUGCUUUGGUUUUAUAUUUAAUGAUUUAAAUGAUUGUGUGCUAUUUUUAUGAGAUGUGCAAUGAUGUAAAGGUUUAGCGAAUGCAUGUACAACGAAACGAUCAGGACGAAAACUUCCAGAGAUAAAUCCCUCGUAAAUGAAGCAGUGAUAAUGCUGCAUGUGUAUGCUAAAAAUGGAAAUAACAAGGUAAAUACACAUUACAAAAUGUUUCACUCUAAUUUAAAGGGGAAGUGUGUAUUUUCUUUGCCCCCUGUCUUCCAUUGUUGAGAUAGGUACUCCCACCCCAAAUUUCAAACCGAUCCAAAAGGUUAACACGUAACUCCCUACAAA